AACACCACUUGAAGGCAGCAUAUGAGGCCCAAACAGUAAACACCUGUCUCAUAUUUGGAGUUGGAUUAGCUGCACUGUACACGUAUUUUCAUCGGCAGUGUAGCUUCUGCAAACAACCUAGCUGCUUAUUCGACCUGUUAUCAACAAUAUAUUGACACGAGCUCUAUAUUUUUGUGGCGGCUGAACCUGACAUUACUUCAACUGACCCCAGGUUAAACAAAUGGUGCAUGAGUUUGCCACCUUAUUUCAAAUGGCUGACACAAGCACGUUGGGCACAUCGUUCAUCCAACACUCGUCAGUCUUCACCCAAACUGAAGAACUAAUGAAGGCCAACAAGAAUGUGGAUACUGAGCUCCUCAUGUCGGAUCUGGACUAUGUUGUUCAGGAAUUUACUAAUCUAGUGAUGACCCAGGGACUGAGAAGCCAAGAUCAAAAGAGAUCAGCUGAGUCUCCAGCCAGUAUUCCAGCCGCUCUCCAAAAACUCGAAUCUGACUACAAUCAGAUGAGAGAUAAGAUCCUGGCAGGGAUUCCUCUGAAUCAUCUGAAACCUUUGGCAAUUGACUGUGAUGUGAGCAUCGGUGAUGUGCUUGAGAAUCAAGGAAGGUCCAGUGUGACACUGAGUGAGAAAACAAAAGAUAAAGGUGGAAUAUUACCAGAGAGCAGCCAGGAUGCUGGGGGAACGUCGAGGAACACCAACACAGUUAGAGCAAAUGUUCCUGGACAAAGCCAGUCAAAUACAUGUCAAGACCUUAACACGGGUGAGUUGUGGUAUGAUGCUGAGGAAGAUUUUCAUCCAUCCUCCUUCCCGGCAAAAGUGGAAAAUCACCCAGAGAUGUCAAAAGACGCAGAAUUGGCCAAGGAGAAGAAAAUGACUCCUGGAUUCACUGUUCCUAACACAGCCAACAAUGUAACUGAGGCGAACACCCAGACUGUACCUUGUAUUUCAAAAAGCUUCGGCGUCAGCAGUACAUCCAAGCCAAGAGCAACCUUUGUGCAAGAGCAAUACAGCGCCAUGGUUGCGUUUGACACCCUGAUGACCGAGCUGACGCGGAUGCACCCUGAUGUGGCAAGGCAGAAUAUUGUCGCUGCUCUGAUGGAGCUGUGGGAACAUUACAAAAGUGAUAUUUGCUUCUUGCCCCUCAACAUAAUCAUACAAAUGGCAUCUGACCUCCUUAGCAGGCCAGCAAAUGUGAUGCCACCUGAAGAAAACAUUUUCACAAACAAAUGAACAUUUUUGUUCAAAGGAAAGUCAUGAUACAUAUCUUCUACUUGGUUACAAAUUUGGUGAAACAUUUGUUUUGAAUCCAACCGAAAACAUUGUGAUAUCAUGAUGAUUUUUUUCACGUUUUUCCUCUGCCAGCAUGUUAUAUUAUCAGAGCCUGAUACCACACUAACACUAAGAUGAGUAGCCAAAAAUUGUACUUGAGUGGCGUGACUUCAAAAUAAUAUUGCUAAAUUUAAAGGGAACACAGAGUAAAACGACAUGUUGGUUCUAUACAGUUUAUUUUAAUAUUCGUAACUCAUCGACAACCAGUGUUGUGCAUAAUCGCGUUCAGUGAAAGGUUGUUCAUGAACACGUUUGUAUUUUGGCAUAAACUUCACUAUCAUGAUAUAUGGCGGAAAACACGCAGUUGACUUAAAGUUACGCUUUGAGACCCCCAAUUUGGCCAAAUUUUAAAAUUGGCCUAUAUUCAUGUGUGAUACAUGAUUGGAAAGCUUAAAAUCUCAAUUUUCUGGGGGAAGAAAAAUUUAGAAUUUUUUUAAAUGGUGAGAGCACGUGAGAGCAUAAUUAAAAACGCCACAAUUUUAACGCAAUAUCGCGUACUUACCUCUUUUUGAUCCCAAAACUCCAUGUAGCAUGUAUCACCGAGUGUCAAGACAUAUAUGUGAAUGGCCACAGCCGGAUUUUUGGCGGAUUUUAUGGGUGAAACACAGUAAUAUAACAAGGGUCGCGAUGCAGCUAUUGCAGACAUGAAGGAGUGGUUGAGAUUUUCAUUUUCAUAUAUUUACCCUUUUAAACUUUUUUUUUUCUUUUUUCAUUUUUUUCUUUGUUUUGAUUGAUUAUCUAAAAUAUUGGGGAAAAUGCGACAGUAACGAAAAAAUACAAUUAAUUGAUUGGUAUGAGGUAUAUACAGUGGGGAGAACAAGUAUUUGAUACACUGACGAUUUUGCUGGUUUUCCCACUUGCAAGCCAUGUAGAGGUCUGUAAUUUGUUAUCAUAAGUUCUCUUCAACUGUGAGGGACGGAAUCUAAUACAAAAAUCCAGAAAAUCACAUUGUAUAUUUUUUAAAUAAUAAAUUGGUAUUUAACUGCAUGAAAUAAGUAGUUCAUACAUUACCAACUAGUAAAUAUUUCGGCUCUUAGUUCUUUUUUAAGAACCCCUCCUGUUCUCCACUCAUUACCGGAAGUACCUGCACCUGUUUGAACUUGUUACCUGUAUAAAAGACACCUGUUCACAUGCUCAAACAAACAAACUCCAACCUCUCCACAAUGGCCAAGACCAAAGAGCUGUGUAAGGACAUCAAGGAUAAAAUAAUAGACCUGCACAAGGCUGGGAUGGGCUACAGGAAAAUAAGCAAGCAGCUUGGUGAAAAGGUACAACUGUUGGAGCGAUUAUGAGAAAACGGAAGAAGUUGAAGUUGACGGUCAAUCUGCCUCGUUCUGGGGCUCCAUGCAAGAUCUCACCUCGUGGGGCAUUACUGAUCAUGAGCAAGGUGAGGGAUCAGCCCAGAACUACACGGCAGGACCUGGUCAAUGACCUGAAGAGAGCUGGAACCACAGUCUCGAAGAAAACCAUCGGAAACACAUUACGCCGCCAUGGAUUAAAAUCCUACAGCGCACGCAAGGUCCCUCUGCUGAAGCCAGUGCAUGUCCAGACACGUCUGAAGUUUGCCACUGACCAUCUCGAUGAUCCAGAGGAGCAAUGGGAGAAGGUCAUGUGGUCGGAUGAGACCAAACUUGAACUUGUUGGUCUAAACUCGGCUCGUCAUGUUUGGAGGAAAAAGAAGGAUGAGUACAACCCCAAGAACACCAUCCCAACCGUGAAACAUGGAGGAGGAAACAUCAUUUUUUGGGGCUGCUUCUCUGCCAAGGGUACAGGACGACUGCACCAUAUUGAGAGGAGGAUGGAUCAGGCUAUGUAUCGCCAGAUCUUGGCUGACAACCUCCUUCCUUCAGUUAGAGCCCUGAAGAUGGGUCGUGGCUGGGUCUUCCAGCAUGACAACGACCCAAAGCACACAGCCAAGGCAACUAAAGAGUGGCUCCGUAAGAAGCAUCAUAAGGUCCUGGAGUGGCCUGGCCAGUCACCAGAUCUGAACCUGAUAGAAAAUCUAUGGAGGGAGCUGAAAGUCCGUGUUGCCUGGCAGCAGCCCCAAAUCUGAAGGCUCUGGAGAAGAC